AUGCUAAACUUGUAACUUUGGUUUCCUAGAUUCAGCACUUCAAGACAAACACUAAUGUGGAUUCCAGACUCCUUUUUUUCCAGUUUGCUGAGUGGAAGAAUUUCAACACUGAAAGACGAAACUGGUGCUAUAUUUAUUGAUCGAGAUCCAGCAGCAUUUGCACCAAUUUUAAAUUUUCUUCGCACAAAGGAGUUAGACUUACGGGGAGUGAGUAUUAAUGUUCUCAGGCAUGAAGCUGAAUUCUAUGGAAUCACUCCUUUAGUGAGAAGAUUACUACUAUGUGAAGAACUAGAACGCUCAUCUUGUGGCAGUGUCCUUUUUCAUGGCUACCUGCCUCCUCCAGGCAUUCCCAGCCGUAAAAUAAAUAAUACUGCUGGGCCACCGGCUGAUGUUAGAACUGGUCAAAACUGCUCCGAGAGUGAGAUUCAUGGAGGUGGUGUCCAACCUACACUCACUGGUACUGGGGAAGGUACAGUCAGGCUAGGAUUUCCUGUGGACCCACGUAAAGUCCUAAUAGUAGCUGGCCACCACAAUUGGAUAGUAGCUGCCUAUGCCCAUUUUGCUGUUUGCUACAGAAUUAAAGAAUCAUCUGGGUGGCAGCAGGUGUUCACGAGUCCCUAUCUGGACUGGACAAUUGAGCGAGUGGCUCUCAACGCUAAGGUGGUUGGAGGACCUCAUGGAGACAAGGAUAAGAUGGUUGCCGUUGCCUCGGAGAGCAGCAUAAUCUUGUGGAGCAUUCAAGAUGGUGGUAGUGGCAGUGAAAUUGGAGUGUUCAGUCUUGGAGUCCCUGUAGAUGCUCUCUUCUUCAUUGGCAACCAGUUGGUAGCUACAAGCCAUACAGGGAAAGUGGGAGUGUGGAACGCUGUGACUCAGCAUUGGCAGGUUCAGGAUGUUGUUCCUAUCACAAGCUAUGAUACUGCUGGGUCUUUUCUGCUGCUGGGCUGUAACAAUGGCUCUAUCUACUAUAUAGACAUGCAGAAGUUCCCAUUGCGAAUGAAGGACAAUGAUCUGCUAGUGACAGAAUUGUACCAUGAUCCCUCCAAUGAUGCCAUAACAGCACUCAGUGUCUACCUCACACCUAAAACAAGUGUAAGUGGCAAUUGGAUUGAGAUUGCAUAUGGCACCAGCUCUGGAGCAGUGCGGGUGAUUGUACAGCACCCUGAGACAGUUGGGUCUGGGCCUCAGCUGUUUCAGACCUUCACAGUUCAUCGAAGUCCCGUCACGAAGAUCAUGCUCUCGGAGAAACAUCUUGUGUCAGUUUGUGCUGAUAACAACCAUGUAAGGACAUGGACUGUGACUCGGUUCCGGGGCAUGAUUUCAACUCAGCCAGGCUCAACACCUCUGGCAUCAUUCAAAAUCUUAUCCCUGGAGGAAGCGGAGAGUCAUGGCAGUUACUGUUCUGGAAAUGACAUUGGACCCUUUGGUGAACGUGAUGAUCAACAGGUGUUUAUCCAAAAAGUUGUUCCCAUCACUAAUAAGCUGUUUGUAAGGCUGUCUUCAACUGGGAAAAGGAUCUGUGAGAUCCAGGCAGUUGACUGCACUACCAUCUCGUCAUUUACUGUGCGAGAAUGUGAAGGAUCCAGCAGAAUGGGCUCCCGGCCACGCCGCUACCUGUUCACCGGGCAUUCAAAUGGCAGCAUCCAGAUGUGGGACCUGACCACAGCCAUGGACAUGGUUAAUAAGAGUGAAGACAAAGAUAUUGGCGGCCCCACAGAGGAAGAGCUGCUCAAGUUGCUUGACCAGUGUGACCUGAGCACAUCUCGCUGUGCCACACCCAACAUUAGUCCUGCCACCUCAGUUGUUCAGCCAAACCGGCUUCGGGAAUCUAAUUCCAGCCUCCAACUGCAGCACCACGAAACAAUCCAUGAAACAGCCACGUAUGGUUCUGUACGGCCGUACAGAGAAAGCCCCUUAUUGGCAAGAGCAAGGCGGACGGAGAGCUUUCACAGCUACCGGGACUUCCAGGCAUUUAACUUACCCAGCAAAAGCCCAACAGAAAAGGCAGCUGCUGCAAAUGGGAAUUCGAGCCAGACAGAGACCAGGAAGGCAACAGCUGAGGGCGGUGCGGCUGAGAGGAAGACUGUCCAGACAACAGCACUGGAAGGACGAGGCACAGGCGUGACAGAUGCAGGUGGCUGUUGCAGUACAGAGGUUCACCGUCUGCCAGAGAAUUCCCUGGAUCUCAGAAGAAGAGGACCAGAAGAGGAGAGCGAAGCCAAAGCAGAAGGCAAAAAGAAAAUGGGGUUUGAGGGAUCUGGCUUUCUGGGAAGGAAGAAAGUGCCCCUCCUGGCCUGUGCACCAGUCCUUGCUGAAGGUGGGCCUGAAUUACCUGGUGCGGCUUCUCCAUCACCUACGAUGGCUUGUGAAAACGCAACUGGUGGCAAAGAUGAGGUGCAGGUGCCCUCUGGCUGGUGUUGUGGUUGUUUCUUGAAGGGGACUCUGUUCUGA